AUGCGAGAAGACCUCAUUGCCUCCGCCGUCAACUUCCUGUCGGACCCCGCCAUCGCCGCCUCACCCCUCGAGAAACGCAUCGCCUUCCUGCAGUCCAAAAACCUGACGCAGGAAGAAAUCGACGCCUCCCUCCUCCGCGCACAAUCAGCCCUCGUCCCUGCCGGCGGCGCCCCCCACCCACCGCCCGUCGGCGGCCUCUACCCCCCCGGUGGCUACUUCGCCCCACAAGCUAGCCCCUACCGCUAUGCCCCACAAGAACUCCCCCCGCGCGCCCGCGACUGGCGCGACUACUUCAUCCUCGCCACCGUGACCACCACCGCCUCACUAACCCUCUACCACCUCGCCCGCCGCUACAUCACCCCCCUCAUCGCCCCGCCCACCCCCCCGCAACUCGCAACCGACAAAGCCGCCAUCGACGCCGAAUUCGCCAAAGCCUUCACCCUCCUCGACACCCUCCGCACCGACACCAGCGCCCUCAAGACCGCCGAAGAGGAGCGCAAAACGCGCGUCGACGCCGCCCUCGCCGAGGUCGAGUCCGUCAUCCAGUCCCUCAAGGACGCCGGCAAGCGCCGCGAGGACGAGAGCAAGCGCGUCGGCGACGAGGUCCGCGGCCUCCGCGACCUCAUCCCAAAGGCCCUCGAGGGCCAGAAGGAGAGCCAGAAGAAGGCCCUCGAGGACCUUGGCAGCGAGCUCAAGAGCCUCAAGCAGCUCGUCAUGAACCGGACGGGCGCCGGGCGGGCGCAGUACGCGCCGCCCGGCGGCGUGGCUGGCGGUACGCCGCCGCUGGAUCCCGGCGUCGGCGGCGGUGUCGUGAAUGGCGCCGGGGGCAGCGGGGGGCAGGGGCAGGCGCUGGGCACGGGCGGGAAUGCGCUGGGUGGCUUGGGGGCUGCGAAGGGGAGUGCGCCGCUGCCGUUUGGCGGGGUGGGCAGUCGCCCGGCGAUUCCUGCGUGGCAGAUGGCCGCCGCGAAUAAGGCUGCUGCGGCGGCGGUGGCGAGUCCGGCGCCAGAGAGCCAGGGGGAGGGGGCGAGUAGUGGGUAG